AUGGUCUCAUUCAAGCGCGCCUUGGUCUUUGUCGUCGCCGUCGUAGCCCUUGCAGCAUCUGCACAUGCUGGCAAGGGCCCUGUCAUCACCAACAAGGUCUACUUUGACAUUGAGCAGGAUGGCAAGCCCAUGGGCCGUGUUGUUAUCGGCCUUUUCGGAAAGACUGUCCCCAAGACUACAGAGAACUUUCUUGAGCUCGCCAAGGGUACCCAUGGCUUCGGCUAUGCCGGAUCGUCCUUCCACCGUGUCAUCAAGGACUUUAUGAUCCAAGGAGGUGACUUUACCAAUGGUAACGGAACUGGCGGCAAAUCGAUCUGGGGAGCCAAGUUUGCUGAUGAGAACUUUAAGCUUCGCCACACCGGCCCUGGAAUUUUGAGCAUGGCCAACGCCGGCAAGGACACCAACGGAUCCCAGUUCUUUAUUACGACUGUUAAGACCUCGUGGUUGGACGGACGCCACGUUGUAUUCGGUACUGUCAUGGAUGGCAUGGAUGUUAUUGCUGCGAUUGAGAAGACGCCUACUGCCCCCGGCGAUCGCCCCAAGGCUGCCGUCACCAUUGCCGCCUCCGGCGAGCUUGAGAUGGAGGCAGAUAAGAUUGUCCAUGCAGAGCUGUAG